AUGGUAAGCUCACUACCUAGCAUGUUUUCCAUCUUAUUAACAAUAGAAUUUCUUCUCGGAAAUUUUGCUAAUGGCUUCAUAGCCCUGGUGAACUGCAUUGACUGGAUCAAGAGACAAAAGAUCUCCUUAGUUGAUCUAAUUCUCACUGCUCUGGCUGUCUCCAGAAUUGGUUUGCUCUGGGCAACACUUAUAAAUUGGUAUGCAACUUUGUUGGAUCCAGAUUUAUACGGCUUAGAAGUCAGAAUUAUUUUUCAAAUUGCCUGGACCUCCAGCAAUCAUUUUAGCAUCUGGCUUGCUACUAGCCUCAGCAUCUUUUAUUUGUUCAAAAUAGCCAAUUUCUCUAGCCUCAUUUUUCUUCGCCUGAAGUGGAGGGUUAAAAGCGUAGUGCUUGUGAUUUUGUUGGGGUCUUUGUUCUUUUUGGUCUUUCAUGUUGUGAUGGUGAGCAUAUAUGACAAAGGGUGGACGAAGGUACAUGAAAGAAAUGUCACUGGGAAGACCAAGUGGAUGGACACGGCAUACCUCUCCAAUAUGACUGUAUUCACGCUAGCCAACUUUAUUCCCUUCAUGUUAUCGCUGAUGUCUUUUGUGCUGUUAAUCUUUUCCCUCUGGAAACAUCUCAAGAGGAUGCAGCCCUCUGGUAAGGGAGCCCAAGAUUCCAGCACCAAAGUCCAUGUAAGAGCCAUGCAGACCGUGAUCUUCUUUCUCUUGCUAUUUGCUGGUUACUUCCUCACUCUGAUGAUCACAGCUUGGAGUUCUACUUGGCUGCAGAACAAGUUUGGCUUCUUCCUUUGUGAAGCUAUUGGAAUCACAUAUCCUUCAAUCCACUCAUUGGUGUUGAUUUGGGGAAGCAAGAAGCUCAAACAGGCCUUUCUGUCAUUUCUGUGGCAGCUGAAGUGCCGGCUAAAAGAAAGAAAGUAA